UCUGGCGCAGCUUCGCAGGUCCUAUCCCAUGAUACCUCGCGCCUGGCUGUAGCUGUUGCGGGGCAACGAAUAGUCCAGAGCUCGGGCAGCUCGGAGUUCUGCAGGGCCAUGAGGCCUCAGGGCCUGCAGCUGCUCUUGCUGCUGCUUCUGGCCACCUGGGCCUCCGUGAGCGCGCAAGCCGUAGCCACUCUCGCGGUGCCAACCGAGGACCUCAACUCCACCGAGGCAUCCCCUGCCACUCUCGGACCCUCCCCAACGCCUACGACCUUAGGCACCUCCAGACCCCAGAAGCCCCCAGGCCCCAGGCCUUCCCCAGUCACGGAUGUGGCCGCUCUGUGUGUCUGUGACUUGUCCCCUGCCCAGUGUGAUGUCAACUGCUGUUGUGACCCUGACUGCAGCUCCGAGGAUUUCAGUGUCUUCUCUGCAUGCUCAGUUCCAGUUGUCACGGGAGACAGCCACUUCUGCAGUCAGAAAGCAGCCAUCUACUUUUUGAAUUUUACAGCAAACCCUCCUCAAAGGGUAUUUAAACUUGUUGACCAGAUCAAUCCAUCUAUUUUCUGCAUUCAUACUACAAACUAUAAACCUGCAUUAUCCUUUAUUAAUCCAGAAGUGCCUGAUGAGAACAGUUUUGAUAGGUGGAUGAAAACAUCGGAAGGUUUUACAUCAAAUGUAGAAGCAGAUGUUUCUUUUACGGCCAAAUCAGAUGCUUCACAUACUACUAAAUAUGAGUACGGGGCUCCUCUGCAGGCUUCAGCUGCAUCUCCGCAUCCCUUUCUGAGAUUCCCUUCGCCUCUCACGUCGGCUCUGUGCACGGAUAACAACCCUGCAGCAUUUCUGGUGAACCAGGCUGUUAAGUGCACCAGAAGUGUAAAUUUAGAACAGUGUGAAGAAAUGGAGGCCCUUAGGAUGGACUAUUACAGCAGCCCUAUGAUUCUGAGGGCGCCCAAUUCACUGACACAGGUCCCAAUCACUGUCCAGUCCAUCACUGUUCAAUCUCUGAAUAAAACGCUGACCCGCCUGGAGGACAAGGGCCCACGGCUGCCGUCUCUCAAUGGUUCGGGGCACGACAGCAUCUGCAUUAAUGUUGUACUUGAAGUGAAGUACAGCCUCACGUACACAGACGCAGGCGAGGUCACCGGGGCCGGCCUCUCACUGCUUCUGGGGACCCUUAGCCGUGCCACGGUCCCCCUGCAGCAGAAGUUUGAAAUUAGCUUCAUUCAGCAAAACACAAGGCCCGUUGCUCUCAGCGGCAACCCUGGUUACCUGGUAGGGCUCCCACUUGUCGCAGGACUGCAGCCCCGGAAGGGGUCUGCGAUUAUCCAGAGCACGAAUAGGUACGGACAACUCACUGUUCUCCGUAGCACAGCUGAGCAAGACUGCCUUGUGGCUGAUGGGCUCCGGACCCCUGUGCUGUUUGGUUACAACAUGCAGACGGGCUGCCAGCUCAGGCUGAGCCCUGCCAUCCCGUGCCGGCUUGUGGCACAGAGGGUGAAGGACCUGCUGAAGGGCCAGGGCUUCCCAGAUUUCGUGGCCCCAUUCGGCAAUUCCAGAGCCCAGGACGUGCUGGACUGGGUGCCUGUCCACUUCAUCACCCACGCACCCACGGUCACGGAUUCCUGUCAGCUCCCAGUGGCUCUAGUCAUAGAAGUGAAGUGGACUAAGUACGGGUCACUACUGAACCCCCAGGCCAGAAUAGUAAAUGUCACGGCGAAUCUCAUUUCCUCCGCCUUUCCACAGCCCCAGGCAGGAAGUCAAAGGACGAUUGUGGUUUCCACCGCGGUGACCUUUGUGGACGUCUCUGCACCAGCAGUGGCUGGCUUCCGGGCUCGGCCCACCAUCAACGCCAGGCUACCCUUCGACUUCUUCUUCCCAUUUGCGUGAUGCGAGUGGUCAUGCCGGGCCCACCGUGAAGGGCUGCACCGUGGGACAGCGUGCACUCAGGGCUGCAGGCCUCCUGGAGCUGGUGACCACUGGGUCACACUCCUUUUGGCCCUGGUGUCACUCCUAAGCCCACACACUCCCCUCUCCUCUUGGGAAUUGCACUUGGCUUGAUUCCAUUUCUGAGCUGGUCAGUCCAGUGCUCUGCACUCAGGUCCUGGAUGGAAACCGAGCUGUCCCUCGGAGACUGCAGGAAAAAGACUAUGACACGGUGUGUGCAGGGAGGGUCCAUUUGGGGCCUCCUCCAUCCCUGCUUUGAUGUGAGUUAUUUUAAAAAGGUCCAUUGUUCAGAGUCCAGCUUUUCUUUCCAGUCCCGUAGAAAUAAGUACAAAAAUAGCAAAAUACCAUAUAAAAUCAUGCGAGGAGAGCACAAAGCUUCACGAGGGGCUCUUUCCCCAAAGAUUAUGUUAAUGACAGGGCCAGCACAGGUCUAAUUUCCGUUUGCCCUCCGAGCUCUGCUGGCUCUGCGCAGAGCAGCCAGGUGGGUGGAUGAGGGAAGAAUAGGUGGGAGGGCCGGGAAGGAGCACAGCUCUUUCAGGCAUUAAUUGUAGGGUAGCUGAGGAAAACAACGCCAGGUGCAGGAGGAGGGGCAGCCAGUGAGAAGCCGGGCAGCUGGAUCCCGGGAGGGGUGCGUGAGGGGACCCCACCGCAGUGUCUGGAGGAAGAAAGACGGGGUAGGGAGCUGGCAGCCAAGCCAGCUGGUUUCCUUUCUUUUCCUGUCCAAAUGCUCCUCAGAAAGGGUGCCCAGGGCCUGAAAACUCCACAUUUGAUGAGAUUAAAUUUAUUUACAACCA